AUGUCUGUAGAGUUCUCCUAUUAUCAGCCCUCCACCCCCCCUGCACUACACCUGCAAGAAUACGUUGGAACGGGGCAUAGUCGCAACGCUUCCGAUUCCUCCGUUUACUCCAACAACUCAUCGCCCUGGUCUGCCAUCACAUCGGCCACCAGUCCAAUCGUUGAUUCCCCCCCUCAGCACCACCAUGGGCCUACUCUGCUUCCAAAGAUCAGACCACAAGACGUUGUGAUUGAGCCUCCACCCACCAGCGGGUCUCAUCGUCAGCGGCGGGUGCUAUCAAAUACCCGGAAUCCUCCAGGCUUCUUGCCCUUCUCUUCCAACCGCCGGCCGAGCCAACACAAUGCUGUCGAGGCCUCGGAAUGCGUCUCUCUGGUAUCUCCGGUGGUGGCCUCUCCGACGUACACAGCCCGCCAUGGUUCGACGUUGUCGUCUCCCGUGAGUGUAACCCCGUUGCAGAAGCGCAAGGCGACUAGCGGGCAUUCUCGAUCCGUAUCUGCCUCCAACGUGGACGACUCAAGACCGAACCGGGGCAGCUACCCAGCAUAUCGGCAGGUCCUCAGAUACUCUUCUCAACCUCAGAGCUCCCCCACCACACCGGCUACGCCGGCCACGCCUAAUAUCAUAGUGUACCCGCCAUAUGCUCAGCAUUCGCCCAUUGAGCCAUGCUACCCCAAAGUUUGGCCUCAAAUGCAGGUCCCACUGAUGCUCCCUGGCUCACCAUACGGGUAUGUGCGAGCCUCCAGCGCCCAGUGCUCUCCCGUCGGCCUUGUCCACCACACAGAGGGGCCGCAUCCGCAGUCGACCACUUUGCUCUCGUAUUUAACCGCUCCGACGCAAGCAAUCAAUCUCGUGCGCAACGUAAACGUGAUUCCGAUGCGGGGCUUGCAUGAUUUCUUUUGGUGGGACAUUCGAAACUUGCGCAGUUGGACCUCGUUUUCUCUGAGUACUUUCAACUCCAUCAGUGGCCUUCCCAAGCUUCUCAAGACUGCGAUCUCGUCGCACCUCACUCCUUCAACCAUUCUUCCAAGCUCCUAUCUAUCUCCAGAUUGCGAACCAGCUCUGGUAAGCGUCAUCCGAGACAUCUAUGCACCUCGGAUCAAUGCUGCCUUGGCAGUAUCUCAAGGGCCGGAUCACUUGACCCUUUACGAUGUCCCUAUUCCGCAUGGGUCUCCCAACAAACACUACGGUGGGCCACACUUCCUUGCCAACUACGCGUCAGACACAGAACGGACAAGCUCAGGCCUUCCACGAGGACGGCUCGUUGGCAUCGUCAAGACAUUUGACCGCUGGAAUACAGGGAUGCGUAAUGAAGCGCCUCACCGCAGAGUCGAGUAUCUCAACGGGCUGGCACACCUGCAACGAUGCAUGCGCGAGCAUUCCUGCCGAUACGGCUUCAUCCUUACCGAAAUUGAGCUUGUAUGUGUGCGGGCCGGUUGUGAUGAGGGUGACGACGUCCCCUACUUUGGUUUCUUGGAACUUUCUUCCCCCAUUCCAACCAAGAUUGCGGUUAGCCAGCAUGGGCAUGGCCCAGAACCGUAUUCCAGCGCUUAUGGCUAUCCACACUCCCCCACUCCAUCCACCGACAGUUCCCUGGCAAGCCAAUCCCCCGUGCUGGAUAGUUAUCCCAUGUCGGGAUCGGAGGAGUUGGAUGUGCCAAUGACAGCCAGCUUGGCGUUGUACUUUUUGCUGAUGCUUUCGAAGUCGGUGCCCUUGCCGGCGCAACCUUCUGCCCAUCUCAACGUGGGAGGACCGGGGGCGCUGACCCGGCAGCGCUUCCUACCCGAGGGGAAAGACAAAUGGAUCCCUGAGCCUCAGAUGGGAGAGCGCCGUGAUGCCAAGCGAGUGCGAGUUUUCAUCGUAUUUUUGUUUGCUUAUGUCUACAAACAUAGCGCAGUCUCCGUCGGCAGCCCAGACCAAUGCCUCCAACCCACCGAUCUCCCAGAGUCGUCUAUUACAUCGAUAAUCACCUACAACGACAGAUUGAAGGUAGAUCAGUUCAUGAAACCGUCUCCCAAGGUCCUCACUCCACUGUCUACCCCGAUUUCAAGCGUGUCGUCGAUGGCGAUCCCGAAUUUCCCUUUUGGGCGAUAA